GCAUCGCUCAAUUUUCGAUUUGAUUGCAUCGCCCUUUGAAAGUUUGAUGACUGUCCUCUUCAUCAAUCAGCGCAUUCGGUGCCCAGCAAGAUGAACGGACUUGUCUCUCUUCGGAGUAUUUGGCGGCAAGUGCAGAGUUCAAGACAUGGUCCCGGCGUUUUCGCUCAGGCCCAAGCAAGCGGAUUGCCAGGCCUCAGAUGACAACCUGGCAGCGUGAGGACGGCAAGCAUGGGUGGGCGGGCCAUCGACUGCGCAGCUCGCAGCUUACUUAGGGCCGUAUCCCGCCGUCGCGACGACUCCUCAGUUGCGCGGAGUCGACACAUGCGCCGCUGGACUUCACGUCCUCUCAAUUGUCAAGAUGGUCCCUCUCGAGGCCGCGAUACCGACUUUCAUCUGCUCCUGCCUGUCCUUUCUGGCUAGCACUGUCUUCGGCAUCUUCUACAUCCUGUAUCCGCCCGAGCGACAUUUCAGACAAGCACUGAUUGUGAACCUGUUGGUGUCUGACUGGAUCAACUCUCUAAACAACAGCAUUUCCGGCGCUGUCGUGCUGUCGAGAGUACACCAACCUGGCCCGGAGCUCUCCAUUGGUCCCGCAUGCACGGCGAAUGGCUACAUUGGACAAUUCUCGGUCCAGGCGAUUGACUUCAACAUUCUCGUGAUCUCUUUAUCAGUGCUCCUGACUGUGCGGCAACCACGAUUCGUCAUCGAGCCUCCGUGGUGGCAGGUGGCCUGCGUAUGUGCGAUCCCAUGGAUACCACCGAUCAUCACUGCGAACGUUGCAUUAGGUCUCGACCUCUACGGACCAGUGAGCGGUAACUGGUGUUGGAUCCAAGCCAAAUACUUUGGUCUGCGAUAUGCCUUGACGCACGGUUGGCGCAUAGCCAUCUUCGUCAUCACCAUUGCCAUUUACACAUAUAUUUACAUUUACCUCAUGCGCGCAUACGGGCGACUGGGUGUGGGUUCCAGCAGCGGCGGCACGUACGACUCCUCUGGACAUCCGCUUGGCACAAUCGAAGACAAGCACCAUCCAACAACACACGAGGAGCGAGGAGGUCGUCAUAUUCGUGUAAGGUCCUCCAUCACGACAACUUUCGGUCAUCACCACGAUACGCCUUGGAAGACUAAAGAGCCCAACAUUGGCGAAGAGGAGUCUGAGGUGGGCAGCAUUGUCAGCAAUGUCAAACAUGGACAUACUCCAAGUUGCAGCACCGCCAGUGACACUGCACCAUUGAGUUUUGUUGGCCACACAUCGCCUGCCUCCGCGAAUACACGCAUUUCAUCGGCCGCGGCCCGACAGCGAAAGCAAGCAGUACGAAAGAUGCUGCUUCUAAAUGGCUACCCGAUCUUAUAUGUCAUUCUGUGGAUUCCUGGUAUGGCCACUCGCAUCUGGGAGGCUUUUGACACUGCGCCACUUUGGCUACGAGGCAUGCAAGCAAGUACGCAAUUGGUUGGCUUCGCGAAUGCUUUGACUUAUGCCUACAACGAGCAGCUUAUUCAGAGAAUUCGCCAGCCAUCGGUGCAUCGCUGAGCAAACAGCAUCGCACAAGUUUAGGCUCUGGAAUGAGACGCAGAUGAAACCGUGUUGGAUCUCCGAGCCUCCGACUACCUUCGUUCCCCUUUUACAGGUCCUCUGAGAGGUGCCCCAAGAGCGACAGAGCUCAAAUCAGCACUCCUGGCUCGCUAGAAAGCUGGCAACGAUACCAUGGCACGAUCAACAUACUGGCAUCAUCGGUGUUCAGGAGCAGUCAGACCUGAUUUCUAAACGGGCAUGGCCGUUUCUUAGGCGUUACGACACUAGGUGUUUGCCGAGUUGCCAGGAACCAGGAUCGCUCGGAAGUAGGGAAGUAGAGUUCGCAUGACCGACGGGGAUGAAGCUGGAGGACGGAUUGACAAUCCCGAUAUAGGCUGAUGCCUUAGCCAGAAUGCUCUGCGCAUUCGCGAUGGAAGUCAAAUGCAGGAGGAGAUUAGUGAAGAUGACUGUGAUACCCGAGAUUAGUGAAGAGAUGAAGAUGAUGAUACCCCAAGGACCGUACAAGAACUACGAAUGAAUAAUCAAUAUCAAUGUCGCGAGUUGCAC